AUGGCGAUACUCCAGACCACCGCCUCGCGGGGCGGUGGCAGCAAAGGCGGCGGCGCCAAGAGCCUCGGGAGGAACAUAUCUCUGAUCACGCUGACAUUUCAAAACUCGGCGCUCAUACUGAUCAUGCACUACUCGCGCGUCAUGCCGCCGUCCGGCGACCACCGCUACUUCACCUCGACGGCCGUCUUCCUCAACGAGGUCAUCAAGCUCGGCGUCGCCCUCACCCUCGCCAUAUACGAGGCCUCCAAAACGCUCGCGCCCAGCACGCCCGCCACCAUCCUCUUCGAGCAGAUAUACAAUGCCGUCUUCUCGGCCGACGGCUGGCAGCUCGCCAUGCCGGCCGCCUUUUACACCCUGCAGAACCUGCUGCAGUACGUCGCGGUGGAGAACCUGGACCCCGUGCACUUUCAGGUCCUGUACCAGAUCAAGAUCCUCACGACUGCCAUCUUUAGCGUCUUCCUCCUGCGGCGCCAGCUCGGCCUCAAGAGCUGGGUCUCGCUCAUCAUCCUGACGCUGGGCGUCUCCGUCGUCUCGCUCCCCUCGUCCGGCACGGCCGUCGACGCGCUCCUCCUCCACGGCAUCCCCGACCACUACUUCCCGCGCUCCAAGCACGAGCUCGGCAUGGCCGCGGCCCCGGACAUGUCCAGCCCGGACUCGCACCUGACGCGCCGCUCCGCCACGUACGAGGGCAUCGCCAACGACCUGCCGCCCCCGGACCCGCUCAUGAACUACUCGGUCGGCGUCACCGCCGCCGUCGUCGCCGCCGUCGUCUCCGGCCUCGCGGGCGUCUACUUCGAGAAGCUGCUCAAGGAGAGCCCCACGCAGGCCAGCGUCUGGGUGCGCAACGUCCAGCUCAGCUUCUACUCGCUCAUCGCCGCCUUCUUCGGCGGCAUCGUGUGGCAGGACGGCGCGGGCAUCCGCGAGCACGGCUUCUUCGAGGGCUACAACGCCGUCGUCUGGGCCGCCGUCGUGCUGCAGGCCGCGGGCGGCCUCAUUGCCAGCCUCGUCAUCCGCGACGCCGACAACAUUGUCAAGAACUUUGCCACGAGCAUCAGCAUCGUCAUAAGCUUCGUUGUGAGCGUCUGGGCGUUCAAGUUUACAGUCACCGUGCCGUUCCUCAUCGGCACGGCGCUCGUCCUCGCCGCGACGUACCUCUACAGUGUACCCGAGCGCAGCCUGCACCGCCCCCCGCCCAUGCGCAUCGCCAGCUUCGAGAAGCCCGCCAUCGAGAAGCUCAUCACGCCCGCCUCCACCCCGCGCACCACCGACGCCCCGCGCCUCAACCUCGACCCCUUUGACGCAAAGGGCCUGGGCGUCACGUCGAGUAGGCCCAGCAGUCCUAUGCUGCCGCGCCAAAAGAGCAGGACGCACCUCCACCGCGACUCUUGA